AUGUCAGCCCCGUCCCCCAUCACGUCCACUCCGCCUACCGUCGAGAACCCUCACCGCUCCGAGCGCCUCGUCUACACCGCGUUCGACGCCGACAAGCACGACGCCUUCCUCUUCUCCAUGCACGCCGACCCCGUCUCCUGGACGCGCGCCUGCUCCCAGAUCCAGCGCCCCAUGACGCGUGCCUUCCACGAGGGCAUCCUCCGCCAUCACAACAGCCAGCUGCUCUUCGUCAUCGUCAACCGCACCAGCAAGGAGGAGGAGGAAGAGGAGGAGGAGGAGAAGCUGGAGCCGGUGGGCAAGCUCAUCCUGGACGCGUCGGACCCGGCGUCGACGCAGCACGGCAACACAGAGCUCGGCAUCGGCAUCCACCGGUCCUUCCAGGGCAGAGGGUACGGCGGGGAGGCGCUGCGCUGGGCGCUGGACUGGGCGUUUGGCUACGCGAACAUGCACAGGGUCGGGUUGACGGUGUACGAGUGGAACGAGGAUGCGCGCAGGCUGUACGAGAAGGUCGGGUUCCGGGAGGAGGGCAGGAAGAGGGAGGCGCUGUACUUGAAGAACAGGCGCUGGGAUGAGAUCUUCAUGAGCGUCUUGGUGCACGAGUGGCGGGCGAUGCGAGAAGCGGAUUGCAAGGUGCCCCAGAGGAUACUCUCGGCCUUGAUUCCAACCCACCCCACGCACCUUUAA